AUGAAAGAAUCUGUCUAUUCAAUGGAAUUAGGAGAAUUGCUAGGUAGUUUAAUAAUUUAUUUGAAGGAACCAGACCAAGAAUACUAAGAAAAGAGAGAAACAUAGGUGCAGACAAAUUUAUAUACGCCUAUCUUAGUAAUGAUAGUAUUCAUUAUAAAUUAUGAAAAGAAUAGAAAAAAAUUUAAAAUAAUAUAAGAAUGAGAAAUCCACUAUUCGCUGACUUCUAAUGCCAAUUGGUAGGAAUUAUAAUUUAAGAGUACACCAUAAUUGUUAAAAUCUAAUUAAGCAAAUCCAAAUAAAAUGAGAUAUUUUUAGCAUGAUGAAAAUAGAGUAGAGGAUUCAAUUGAUCAAUUUAAAAAAUCAAGCAUUCAAUAAUAAUAACAUUUUCUGAAUUAAUAAAUACAAGAAUCAGAAAAAGAUGUAAAUUGCAAAAAGGAUUUAUCUUAGCAAAGUUCUAAAAGUAACUCAAUAAAAUCUAAAAAUAAUCAAACUCAUUCCAAAAUAGCUGAUAAAAAUGAAAAUAAUAAAUAUUUGAAAAUAAUAAAUAUUUGGAAAUAUUAUAAAUUUAUAAUCCUAAUCAAUCAACAAUUAGAAAACUGUUAGAGACUAAAAAAUAAAGUAAACUAAAAUAUAUUUAGGUUUUAUGUAAGAAAUAGUACUUAACAAUAAGGAAUAUUAUACUCCUCAAUUCGAUAUGGAUGUUCAAUUUAGUAAUUGUAAAUAAAAAUUAUAUAUUUAUACAACUGACCAAAAUUUAAAGACUAUAAAUAUGAAGAUGCUUCAUAUAAAUAAGUAGUCGAAUUAAAAAAUAGAUAUUACUUAAGUGAAAUGAUGAACAAUGAAUUUGUAACAAGUUAAAUUAUCAUAAUUUCUUAGCUAAUAAAAACUAUAGAUAUGGUCUGAAAGGCUAUACAAAAUUUCCUAUCUACCCUUCCUCAAAACCCCAAAAUAUUGAUAAAGAAUGA